AGAAUCCAAGUGAAACUUAUGCGAGACUGGUGGCGGGAACCAACACUAGUCGGUGGUGAUAAAUUUUGACAGCUAAAUUUCGUCGCCGUGAAUUUGGGAUCGGUUUCGGUGCGCCGUUUAAUUUGGUAAAAAAACAGUGGAAAAGCCAGCGGAAAUUAAUUUAUAAUGGACGAACCAGAUUUUCAAUCAGAGGUCGAUGUCAACGUCCGGUUGGUCGAUAUUCUGGAUUACGUGGGGGACUCGGUGCGGCCCAUCCGCGAAGGACUGGCAGUUUUGGAGGCACAGCACAUCGUAUGCUUGGGGUACACCGCACGGUCAACAUCAUCAGUGACUGCAAAAGGGUUCGUUUUACAAAGCUCCCAUCCGGCAGAACGUCCUCAUGAAGUGAGCCUGAAGCUGUCGCAGGAUAACACGGCCUGGGAUUUGGGAUGUUCCUGCAAAGCAGGGACGAAACGCUGCAAGCACAUUAUCGCUUGCCUGCUUCAAA